AGUGUAUAGUAAAAUAACUCGCUUCUGUUGGGUUUAGAUCGAGAUUGUUAGACUUGUUUUAGAGAAACGCCAUGUCUUGUGGGUAUUAAUAAAUCUACUUAACUAUGCCAAAUCUCUGAGAAAAAAAUAAGUAUAACUAUAAUAUUCAGUAAACAUGUUGACUACACAGCUAGUGGCUGAGAAGCUGUGGGCCAUAAACUCCUACAUACAUUCUGCUUUUACACAAAACAGUGUCAACUUGUUGAAUCUAAGUGUAGUAGUAGCUGAGCUUUCGAAAGUUUGUUGAAGUGUGCAAGACGAACAAAAUCCAAUCUGAUGUGACAUGAUUGAUUGACUGUCUGUGUCAUCUGAUGGUGAUAAGGAGAGAGAGAGAGAAAAAACAAAAAAAUAGUAUAUACAAUAUGAACAUAACAAUGAUCAUAGUAGCUUCAGUACUAGGAUCUUUAGCGGUUUUGCUUACCAUGGGAAUCAGCAUAUUUUUUUGCUGUUUUUAUUGGAAAAACUGUCGGAAUAAAAAGUCCGGUCCAGAUGAAACAGAACCCUUGCAAAUGCCGAAGGCGACACCUGGAAGCAAGCCAGAAACCCAGAACGAUAACGUGAAAAGUUUGAUUCGACACAAUGUAGAAGACCGAACGCAACCGGGAUCGUUGCGAAUAAUACCAUCCCUGAAUACAUCACUUACUACUCAAGUUGUGCCACAGCAAGUUGAACCAACAAAUACAUCUGAAAAAGGAGGGACAAGUAUGAACAGUUCAGGAGCCAUGUCUUUUCUACAGUCCUUACUUCCCUCAGCUGAACAACAGGAAGCAGACGCAGACUUAGCCAGAGAGAUGUGUGAUCCAGAUGAGCCAGCGGGUCAGAUUCAAUUCAGCUUGGAGUAUAACUUUACUUCUUCUACUCUGAUUCUCAAGGUAAUUCAAGCCAAAGGUUUACCCGCCAAGGAUAUUAUCGGAACAAGUGACCCAUAUGUGAGGGUGUGUCUUCUUCCAGAUAAAAAGCACAAGCUUGAGACUAAAGUUAAACAUCGAACUUUAAACCCGCGUUGGAAUGAAACCUUUUAUUUUGAGGGUUACCCUCUUACCAAGCUACAAAAGUCUAUCCUUUACUUAAGUAUAUUUGACUAUGACCGAUUUAGUCGUGAUGAUCCGAUUGGUGAUGUUUAUCUUCCGCUUACUGACGUGGACUUUUCCGAAAAACCUUGCUACUGGAAAUGCAUUAGGCCAGCUGAAGACUCGAAGCUCGGUGAAAUACUGGUAACUUUGUUAUACAUACCUCGUACUGGUGAAUUAUCCAUAACCCUGGUUAAAGCCAGGAACUUGAAAGCUAAGGACAUUACAGGAUAUUCAGAUCCGUACGUCAAAGUCUGGCUACAUCGGGGAGAUAAGCGGAUUGAGAAAAAGAAGACUCGAGUACAUAAAAAAAUACUGGACCCUGUUUUCAACGAAACUUUUCGGUUUGUUGUUCCUUGGGAGCACAUCCGGGAGACCUCACUCGUGAUCACCGUCAUGGAUUUUGACACCGUAGGAAGAAACGAGGUGAUCGGAAAGAUAGUUCUCUCUUCACGAAGUGGCCCAACGGAGACCAAGCACUGGGGAGAUAUGCUGAGCAAACCUAGAACAUCCAGCUCCCAGUGGCACAGAUUGAAAACGUUUUAACUCUUCUGCUAUUGUACCGCAGGUUUCUCACUUGAUUUUGGGUUGAAAUGGAUGAGAACAAACGAUUUUAUGGAGAGUUUUGUUAGGAUCUCUGCUAUCGAGACUAUUCCUUUAAGUUUUAGCUAACAUGUUUUCGGAAAUAGACUAAGUCAACAGCAGAGGUUUUAAGCUAUAUGUACACUUAAUUGUAUAAAAGUAUUCCACGUUAGGUAGUAAAACUUAAAACAUGUGGUAGGUUGUUCAGCUUUAAUCUUACUUUACAUCAAAUGCUAUAUGCAUCGUGUAGAUAGAAAGUGGUAUCGACGUUGCUUUUGUGCUAUAGUUUCUAUAUAUAUUAUCCAGAAACUUUGUAGUUGGUAUAGUGGUAUUUUCAAAUUGUGUAUUUUUUCUCAGGAGAUUAGGGUGGCUUAAAUUAUUGUGCAUCUUAUAUCGUGUAUAACUGUUUCAUUAAGAUGUUUGGAAAACGAUGAAUUUUCGAUUGUAAAUUCACAGAAAAGUGAUUGGUCUUGUUUAUUUUAAAAGUUUACAUGAAAUUUAAGUAAUAUGCGUUGUUAUUCAAUAUGUUUAAGGAAGUUAGGAAAAAUUAUAUCACGAAGGUUUAAUAUAUAACAAAACAUGAUUAACUGUCCCAAUGAAAAUUAUAUAGACUUGGCUAAAAAAAA